CACAGCAGAUGUAGAUUGACAGGUCAAGGUUCAGGAGUGCUUGUUAUAAAUAGGAGCUACAGAGGCUCGAGUUCUAGAAGAGUGUUUGUGUGUUUGGUGAGAACAUGGAUUGCGAAUGCGAUUGUUUAGGUAAUGGCCAGUCAAACGCCAUCCUCUUCAACAUCCUCAGCCGAGGCGAGUCGACUCCGAGCGAGCCGAGCUACAAGCGGGUUCCUCAGACGUGCCACUGCGAGAAACGCCGGACGGUUUGUCUGAAGACGCCCAGCGAGACGUGUCCGGUGGCUUCGGAUGUGCUGGUGAAGACCGUGCACUUCAUGAAGAGUUUGCCGGCGUUCCAGCAGCUGCCACCAAAAGAUCAGCUGUCUCUGCUGAAGAACUGCUGGGCGCCGCUCUUCAUUCUGGGUCUGGCCCAGGACCAGGUUCUCUUCGAGGUGCACGACUCUCCGGCGCCCAGCAUGCUGAAGAGAAUCCUGCUCAACGGCCAAGAGACGCCGAGCUCUGAUCCAGAGCAGCCCACGCUUGCCGGCGUGCAGACGCUCAAAGCCUGCCUCAAGAAGUUCUGGAGUCUGGAUUUAAGCCCCAAGGAGUACGCUUAUCUGAAAGGCACCGUCAUAUUCAAUCCAGAUGUGCCGGGUCUGAAGGCAUCUCUGUUCAUCGAGGGUCUGCAGUAUGAAGCUCAGCACGCUCUGAAGGAGGUCCUGGUGCCUCUUCAUCCCGAGGAUCGAGGGCGAUUUGCUCGAAUCCUCCUCACCGCGUCUGCUUUAAAGACCAUCACUCCGAGCCUCAUCACAGAGCUCUUCUUUCGGCCGGUCAUCGGUCAGGAAGAUCUGCUGGACUUGUUAAUCGAGAUGCUUUUCACGAGGUAGCGAACCAAAGACUCACGGACUUUCCAUAGAGCAUUAUUUUCUCCAGCGUUCAUGGGAAAACUGAGGUGUGAGCGCUGGAUGAAAAUCACACUGCGUAAGGGUUACGUUUGAAAUAUUUGACAAGUUACAGACCUUCGCACAUCUUUAUUGUUUACACAGUUUAAUGAAAUUACUGCACCUUUGUAAUGGUAUUUAGGUCACGAGUAUGUGAUUUAUUGAUUGUUGCCUUUGUUUUUUGGAAGCACCUUUGUAGCUUUUUGUACGGGAUGAUUGUGAAAGUGUUCCUUGAUGAAACUCUAUAGAAAAGAUCUAUUGUCUCUGUGAGAAAGCUAGAGGAAAACAUUUGUAUGUUCAUAAAUAUACUGCAAUUAAAUCUGUUUUUACAGAUUUUGGUAUUAUCAAAACUCAUGUGUUUGUCGUACUUCUAAAUCACUUCUAUGAAUACUGAACUUAUAAUUACAACAAUUCUCACAUUUGAUGUUAUUUCUUGCAUACAAGAGAAACCCUAAAACAGUUUAACU